AUGACGGACUUCGAUGAGCCAGAGGCCAAGCUUGAAGCUCUCUUGAGUCUUGGAUAUCAUCAACUACUAUAUACAUUCGCCUUCAAAAAGGCGAUGAGGCUACUCGAAGGGAUUUCCUUGGAAGCACGCGUUGCAGAUGUUCUAGACCAACACCUGGAAGGUCUUAGCGUGGAUAAGCUGGCUGAAGCAGUCAACCUCGACGAGAUCGAAAUUGCACGCGUCUUACGAGCUUUGACCCUCAUGGGCUGCUUUAAAGAAGGUAGGUGUCUCAAACGCCGCCCGAGUUUUCUACGAUACUAUGAUCGACUUGCAAGAUCACGUGAGGUUGACAAUGCACCCCGGCUAUUUGGCCUCCAGAAGCGGGGUAUGAAGGGUAACAACUACGAAGUGAUGCGAGACAACGAAAAGAAAUGCGAUGAUUUUCACAGAGCCAUGCUUGGCCAUAGUGUUAUGAUGGGCUCUUCUGCAGUGCUACACGAUGUCGGAUCUGGCAUUGGAGCAUCUUCCACCCCUUUGGCUGCAAUGUUCCUUCACAUCAGGAUAACCGAUCAAGAUCUCCCAGAAGUCAUGCUGAGGAACAUCAUCCACAUGUGGUCGGACGCUGAGGCAGCCAAGAUCCUUCGUAACAUUUGCAAGGCAAUGGGACCCAACAACUGA